CGUCAAGUCAAUGGUGAUUCCCAGUACAGACGCCCGUCUCAAGCCCUGGCUAGGCCUUCGAGCCCGCCUCGCCCUCUGCCUCUUUUCGCCUACUCUCCUGGCCCUUGCCUUCGUUGCCGCCAGGCUAGCCAUCUCGUCCACAGAUGUCGACGACAAGGUAGCAGAAGCAAAGACUAGACUAUGGACAAGCUGUCGAGGCGUAGAGCUUGCGGCUACGACGGCAGCGAGCAUGCCCCGCAUCAUGGCGCACAACUUCAACGAGGCCACCUCGCGCGCCGUGAUGGACACGGUCCAGGGGCUGGGCAAGGUGCUCCUGCUCGGCAUCGAAGCCAUCGAAAAUCUCCUCGUCUUUCUCGUCGACAUGUAUCGGAGUUUGUUUCUUUGUGUCAUCGAGCUCGUCGUCAGAGGGUCUCUAUCGCUCCUCAUCAGUGCCGUCCAGCUCAUUUCUGACGGUGUACACGCCGCGGCUCACGGUAUCCAACAGAGCAUCCAGGCAUCCAUCAAUGGCCUCAAUGACGUCCUUAAAGGCUCAGUGUCGGGCAUCAAUGAUGUCGCCAAGCUCUUUGGAAAAAGCAUAGGUGUGCCACAGAUUCCCCAGCCGGACUUAAGUGCACUUAACAACAUUCAGAUUCCCAAGACUUUUGAGGACGCCCUGAGUAACAUCAAUGGCAGCAUGCCCACACUGGACCAGCUCAAACAAAAAGUGAACGACGUAAUCGAGACGCCAUUCGAGCAACUCAGGGCCGAGAUCAACGAUACGAUAUCGAACUUCAAUUUCAACUCGUCGGCCUUGCCGGUUCCCGAGCAGCGGACGGUGAGCUUUUGCGACAAGGCCCUCGACACCAAGCCAAUCGAUGAUCUGGGCGACGCACUGCGUCACAUCACUCGAGUUGGCCUGGGACUGCUAGGCUUGGCGGCCCUUUUGCUUCUGAUACUGUGCGCACUGCGCGAAUGGUGGUCCUGGAGGUGCCUUCACAAGCACGUCGAAAAUACGCGAGACACCUACCUGCUCUCGCUGAGUGGCCGGGGCCAGUCCACCAAGCAGAUCUCGAUGCUCGACACUCCCUCUCUCUUUGCGCUCAUGCAGCUCUCGACGCAUCCUCUGAUGGCAAAAGUGGGUCUCACGAUCGCGCAACGAUUAGGCAUCAAGGGUUCGCAGUCCCUCGCCUAUCUUCGUUGGUGGCUCGCCUGGAUCUCACACCCUAUUGCAGUAGCAGUACUAGCAAUGGGCCUUGUUGGUCUCCUGACAGUCGAGGCGCAGCUCAGGGCCGUAGCCAUUGUGAAGGACCAAUUCCAACACCGAUUCGAUGGAAUGCUCGAUGGCACUGCCAAUGGCCUCCAAGCGAACAUCGACGCCUACUUUGGCGAUGCCUCGAGAGACUUUGCCAACAAAUCGAACACCGUCAUUAUCGAUGCGCAAAACGGUCUUAAUGAUGGCCUGUUCAGAUGGGUCAACGUAACAACAUCGACGAUGAACAAUACCCUCAACGAGUUCAUGGAUGGCAUAGCCCUAGACACAUUCCUGCAAACAUCCCUGUCCCCACUCUACCAGCCUGUGCAGACUUUUAUCGACUGUAUCUUAGGGCAAAAGGUGGACAAGAUCGAAAAAGCUCUCACCUGGAUCCAAUCAAACGCCCACGUCUCGUUACCCAUCGUCGCCGACGACGUCCUGAUGCUGGACACCAAUCGAACAAAGGAAUUGAUGGAACCCGUCAAGCAGGCUGCUUUAGGCAACGGUAGCGACCAAGGCGAUCAUCAGGGAAUCCUGCAACGGCUGACGGGUGCCUACAUCAAUAGCCUGGAGAAAGAGAGAAUCUUCUACGCGCUGCUCAUCCUCGCAUACGUCCUCCUCGUUCUCAUCGGCCUCGUCGUCGUCGCCUUUGCAUCG